UGUGUGUUUGUGAUGACAGUCCCCGCCGCUGGCCGGCCUCGGCGUGUCAUGCCCUUUUAAGAAAACCGACGAGCCGCGUGCGGUGACGUCUGCUGCGCGAGGCCAGAGGCAAACUGACACUUGCGGAGCGGCGAGAGACAGCGAGCGAGAAACGAUUGUUGGGCUGUCUGGUGAAGCAAUCCCGCCAUGCGUGAAUACAAGUUAGUGGUCUUAGGCUCUGGAGGUGUGGGCAAGUCCGCUCUGACAGUUCAGUUUGUACAGGGAAUUUUUGUGGAAAAAUAUGACCCUACAAUAGAAGACUCAUACAGAAAGCAAGUGGAGGUUGACGGGCAGCAAUGUAUGCUUGAAAUUCUUGACACAGCAGGCACAGAACAAUUCACAGCAAUGAGAGACUUGUACAUGAAGAACGGCCAAGGGUUUGCAUUGGUAUACUCCAUCACAGCACAGUCCACCUUCAAUGAUCUCCAGGACCUGAGAGAACAGAUUCUACGAGUAAAGGAUACAGAGGAUGUGCCAAUGAUCUUGGUGGGAAACAAGUGUGAUUUGGAGGAUGAGCGUGUGGUGGGGAAGGAGCAGGGCCAGAACCUGGCCAGACAGUGGAACCACUGUGCCUUUUUAGAGUCCUCUGCUAAGUCAAAGAUCAACGUGCUUGAUAUCUUCUAUGACUUGGUCAGACAAAUAAAUAGGAAAACACCAGUGGAAAAAAAGAAGGCGAAAAAGAAAUCCAACUGUGUCCUGCUUUAAAGACCCUCUCCAGCCCCUGCAGCAGCUCUGAGCCAGAAAUGCUGUAAUGAAGAACUGUUGCCCUGAUUGGAACGUGCCAGCAUUCCAACAGCCCUGACCCCCUCCCUCCAUCAGCCAUAAACGGUGAAUCGGCUCACUGAACUGCUCCUAUCAAAGACGAGGAUGACCUACACCAGAGAGAGAAGAGAUGGAUAUAGUGAAAAGACCAUGAGAAGAGAGAGAAGACUUCCGUCUCUCGCCUCCGAGGACCUUCCUGUCUCAGUUUCAGUGUGAACCCUGAACGGAAAGCCUCCAUUUCUGCACCAACAGUCCAACCACACGCUGAUGAUUAAAGCGCAGCAAAGCCUCUGAACAUGUAAAAUGGUGUCCAUGAGCUGCCCACAUCGCCAGAGAGCAGCCCCCACUUUUAUUUAGAUUUAUUUUGGCAGGAUAACAAAAAAAAAACUAAAAUUAGAACUUGGCUUCAGUAUUUUACAUCUCUUCAAUAUCAAUAUUGUAUUUGAAAGACAAGAAUGACCUCUUUAGUUGUAUGAUUAUAAAUAUUCUUCAAAAGCAAGCAUGAAAAAAUGCAUCAGUUAUUAAGUGUAGAUGUUUUCAAGUGGAAAAGUGAGAAAUCUUUUAUAGCCAUACACCUAUUCUUCAUGCCUGUCAUGUCAGUGAUGAUAGAUCAAGGUCUAUAAUAUGUAUUAUUAUUUUUAUGUUUUUUUCUUUGCCCUGUUGUUCAUGGACUUCUCUUCUGCAAAUAUCUCUCUCUAAUGUGACUUAAUUUUAUACUCAGUCACUGGGAUUUCAUAGCUCCCAUAAUAUAUUCUAAUGCCAUUUUUUGCAUAAUAAUGCUUCAGAAAAAAUGGGUCUUUUAUAGAAGAAAUAUGGGGAAAAUACGGAUUGAUUUCUAUGUCUCUUGAAGCUGAAAUAUAUUAUACUAAACCAACUCUAAUGAUGCUUCUUGUGUUUUUCUGUCAAUGAUGUUCCAGCUUUUAUGGAUUAUUAAAGUACAUUUUAGUACAUUUUCAUUAUAUUGGUCAAUGUAUUUUUGUGAAUUAAAAUUGUUUUGACAUUGA